AUGAGAGGUAAAGGAAUAGAUUUAUUGAAAGAUUUAUUAGCAAGCGAUGAGGCGCCAUCUGAAAGUGAAGCUCUACCGUUGACUAAAAAGAUGAGCGAGAUACUACUGUAUAAUAAAAAAUGGUCGCCUGAAAUUUGCUCCGAACGUGUGGCAACAUGUAUUUUGGUAUUGUUGACUGACGCAGCACGGGAGAAUUGGCCCGUGGAUUUGUUAAGGGAAGUGAUGGAUUCCGAUCAUCCGCUCUGUAACGCCAUAGCUGAGGUCCACGAAGAAAUUGUGGAAGAUUUACGGACCGUACUCGAAAGAGUUGGCUGGGAUUAUCCGGAACUGGUAAAUUUGGAGUGGACCGUUCGUAAUGUAGUUCAGACUGAGUUACUGAACCGGAUCUCUGAGCCAGUUGUCUCAUUUAAGCUUCAUGUGCUUCCAUCUUAUCAGGAGCAAUGGCAACCACUAGAGUUCCACUGUGAUGAUCUCCACUCAAAAGUAAAAGAUGCGAUGAAUGUUCUGGAACAACUAAAGACUAAAGGACCGUCUCUUAGAUGA